GGCCGUGCGGGCGGCUCCGCGCGUGGCCCGGCGCUCGCGAGCUCGCCCCCUCGCUGCGGGCCCGGCCCGCCCGCUGCCGCCGCCUCCUCCCCCGGGGCGGCGCGGCGCCGGCGGGCGGCGGCGCGGAGGCCGGACCGGGCGGCGGCCCAGGCGGCGCUGGGGGCGCGGCGGCCAAGGCGGGCGGCGCCGCCGACAUGACGGACAACAUCCCGCUGCAGCCGGUGCGCCAGAAGAAGCGGAUGGACAGCAGGCCCCGCUCCGGGUGCUGUGAGUGGCUGAGAUGCUGCGGUGGAGGGGAACCCAGGCCCCGCACUGUAUGGUUGGGGCACCCCGAGAAGAGAGACCAGAGGUAUCCUCGAAAUGUCAUCAACAAUCAGAAGUACAAUUUCUUCACUUUUCUUCCUGGGGUGCUGUUCAACCAGUUCAAAUACUUUUUCAACCUUUAUUUUUUACUUCUUGCCUGCUCCCAGUUUGUUCCUGAAAUGAGGCUCGGUGCACUCUAUACCUACUGGGUUCCCCUGGGCUUCGUGCUGGCCGUCACUGUCAUCCGUGAGGCGGUGGAGGAAAUCCGAUGCUACGUGAGAGACAAGGAAGUUAACUCCCAGGUCUACAGCCGGCUCACAGCAAGAGGGACGGUCAAAGUGAAGAGUUCCAACAUCCAAGUUGGAGAUCUCAUCAUUGUUGAAAAGAAUCAGCGGGUUCCUGCUGACAUGAUCUUCCUGAGGACAUCAGAAAAAAACGGGUCUUGCUUCUUGCGGACGGAUCAGCUGGACGGGGAGACAGACUGGAAGCUGCGCCUUCCUGUGGCCUGCACGCAGAGGCUCCCUACAGCUGCUGAUCUUCUGCAGAUCCGAUCGCAUGUGUACGCGGAAGAGCCAAGUAUUGAUAUUCACAACUUCCUGGGAACUUUUACCAGGGAAGACAGCGACCCUCCCAUCAGCGAGAGCUUGAGCAUUGAGAACACGCUGUGGGCCGGCACCGUGGUUGCAUCAGGUACUGUUGUGGGUGUUGUUCUUUAUACUGGGAGAGAACUCCGGAGUGUCAUGAAUACCUCGAAUCCCCGCAGUAAGAUCGGCCUGUUUGACCUGGAAGUGAACUGUCUCACCAAGAUCCUCUUUGGCGCUCUGGUGGUGGUCUCGCUGGUCAUGGUUGCCCUUCAGCACUUUGCUGGGCGCUGGUAUCUCCAGAUCAUUCGCUUCCUCCUCUUAUUUUCCAACAUCAUUCCCAUCAGUUUGCGUGUGAACCUGGACAUGGGCAAGAUUGUGUACAGCUGGGUGAUUCGAAGGGAUUCAAAAAUCCCCGGAACCGUGGUUCGUUCCAGCACGAUUCCCGAGCAGCUGGGCAGGAUUUCUUACUUACUCACAGACAAGACAGGCACUCUGACCCAGAAUGAGAUGGUUUUCAAACGGCUCCAUCUGGGAACGGUAGCCUAUGGCCUCGACUCCAUGGACGAAGUACAGAGCCACAUCUUCAGCAUCUAUACCCAGCAAUCCCAGGACCCACCGGCUCAGAAGGGCCCCACGAUUACCACCAAGGUCCGGCGAACCAUGAGCAGCCGUGUGCACGAGGCGGUGAAGGCCAUUGCGCUCUGCCACAACGUGACUCCCGUGUACGAGUCCAACGGUGUGACCGACCAGGCGGAGGCUGAGAAGCAGUAUGAGGAUUCCUGCCGUGUGUAUCAGGCGUCCAGCCCAGACGAGGUGGCCCUGGUACAGUGGACCGAAAGUGUGGGCUUAACCCUGGUGGGCCGAGACCAGUCUUCCAUGCAACUGAGGACCCCUGGCGACCAGAUCCUGAACUUCACCAUUUUGCAGAUCUUCCCCUUCACCUAUGAGAGCAAACGCAUGGGCAUCAUCGUGAGGGAUGAAUCUACUGGAGAAAUUACAUUUUACAUGAAGGGAGCAGAUGUGGUCAUGGCUGGCAUCGUGCAGUACAAUGACUGGCUGGAGGAAGAGUGCGGCAACAUGGCCCGUGAAGGGCUGCGCGUGCUGGUGGUGGCAAAGAAAUCUCUAGCAGAGGAGCAGUAUCAAGACUUCGAGGCCCGCUACGUCCAGGCCAAGCUGAGUGUGCAUGACCGCUCCCUCAAAGUGGCCACAGUCAUCGAGAGCCUGGAGAUGGAGAUGGAGCUCCUGUGUCUGACGGGCGUGGAGGAUCAGCUGCAGGCAGAUGUGCGGCCCACUCUGGAGACCCUGCGGAAUGCCGGCAUCAAGGUGUGGAUGCUGACGGGGGACAAGCUGGAGACGGCAACGUGCACAGCGAAGAAUGCACAUCUGGUGACCAGAAACCAGGACAUCCACAUCUUUCGGCUGGUCACCAACCGUGGGGAGGCCCACCUUGAGCUGAAUGCCUUCCGCAGGAAGCAUGACUGUGCCCUGGUCAUCUCUGGGGACUCGCUAGAGGUCUGCCUCAAGUUCUACGAGUAUGAGUUUAUGGAGCUGGCCUGCCAGUGCCCGGCUGUGGUCUGCUGCCGCUGCGCGCCCACCCAGAAGGCCCAGAUCGUGCGCCUGCUCCAGGAGCGCACGGGGAAGCUGACCUGCGCAGUAGGUGAUGGUGGCAACGAUGUCAGCAUGAUCCAGGAGUCUGACUGCGGGGUCGGCGUGGAAGGAAAGGAAGGAAAACAGGCUUCCCUGGCUGCAGACUUCUCCAUCACCCAGUUUAAGCAUCUUGGCAGGCUGCUCAUGGUGCACGGCCGGAACAGCUAUAAGCGGUCAGCCGCCCUCAGCCAGUUUGUGAUUCACAGGAGCCUCUGCAUCAGCACCAUGCAGGCUGUCUUUUCCUCCGUGUUUUACUUUGCCUCCGUCCCUCUCUAUCAAGGAUUCCUCAUCAUUGGGUACUCCACGAUUUAUACCAUGUUUCCUGUGUUUUCUCUGGUCCUGGACAAAGACGUGAAGUCAGAAGUUGCCAUGCUGUAUCCUGAGCUCUACAAGGAUCUCCUUAAGGGACGACCGUUGUCCUACAAGACAUUCUUGAUAUGGGUUUUGAUUAGCAUCUAUCAAGGGAGCACCAUCAUGUACGGAGCCCUGCUGCUGUUCGAGUCGGAGUUCGUGCACAUCGUGGCCAUCUCCUUCACAUCGCUGAUCCUCACUGAGCUGCUGAUGGUGGCGCUGACCAUCCAGACCUGGCACUGGCUUAUGACGGUGGCUGAGCUGCUCAGCCUGGCCUGCUAUGUCGCCUCCCUGGUGUUCCUCCAUGAAUUCAUCGAUGUGUACUUCAUCGCCACCUUGUCAUUCUUGUGGAAAGUCUCCGUCAUCACCCUGGUCAGCUGCCUGCCCCUCUACGUCCUCAAGUACCUGCGCAGACGAUUCUCCCCACCCAGCUACUCGAAGCUCACGUCGUAGGCCGAGCGCUGGCAGAGGGGACCCCAGUCUCUGUGCCGACAGAGUUCAAGUUCCAUCUACAUUACCCGCCACCCGUGGAUUCUGCAGUGUUUGCGGACACGUGCGGUUCUGGUGGGAUGAGCCGUGCAUGUAAAGGGAGCCCUUGUGCUGAACAGACAGGAAGGAGGUUCCUAAGAGGUGCCCACUCGGGCCUGUUUGAACCCCUGGUCGUUCAUAUGUGAGCAAAUGUGAAUACGUUAAAACUGGCGGCUCGGCUGGGAGAUGGGUGUGGGUCCCUGUGCGAGCUUCCUUAUGACUUGAAUUCUGUCAUUGUGUGAUAAAAGUUUUUGUCUAGUUGAAGGUGGUAGAGGGCUUGUUUUUUGUUCUUGUUUUUAACAGUCCUAAUGCGUGUGUAUACUCUUUAAUUCUUUCUCAAUCUUAAAAAGCGACGUCAGGAAAAGACAAAAGUGCUUAGCGUGGGUGUGGGAGGAGAAGAAAGUGACAUUUGGUGAAAAGUUAUCCAAACAGUAAUCUCUGUUUGGAAAUGCUAAAUAGCUUCUCUAGGCAGCCCCGCUCUGCUUACCCAAGUUAUACUGGAUUGCUGGCUGGGAUGUUAACAAGUAAAUUAGGAGGGAGAGAGAGCGCCAUAAAUCCAGCCCGUUUUCCUUGAUCUGAUUCAACAGCUGUAGUACUUGAGUUAACUUCACCUGCCACCUUGUAAAAGAAUUUCAGAAGUGUGAUCCUGCUUUAUCAGGACCAGGCAACAAUUUACAAAGUCACUGGCUGAGGACACCCCCCCCCCCGACAUUUUUAGCAGCAGUGUUGUUUUAACAGGGAACAUGCCGCUGAGCAGCCCCUCAAUGUGUCGACAGUGUGAUAAGAGACUCAACUAAUUCUUUAGACAACAUGGCAGAUGUGACUCAGAUCCUCCGGCUCCAAAGCGGAAAGGUCAGGGAACUGGGGCUCUUCUCUCAUCCACAGAAAUCUGUUUCCUGUUAGGAGGAAUUAUUGAGGAUGACCUGACAAAGGCAGGGCCAUCUUGUCACACUCCCAUUCAUCGGUAGCUGCCUUCAGAGUAAGGCGCCCCGGUGGUGGGAGGAGGCUCGGGCUGCAGCUCUGGGAUCUGGGAUCUGUUCCACUGCCUGCAGAUUUCAAGAGGAACUUGCUGAAAGGCAGCCAGUAGUAAGGAUUCCUCUCCUACCAGGAUGGACUACAUGUGUGUGUGUUUCCAACAGAGUGUGUGACUUCUUAUUUCAGAGGAAACAAGGGGCAUUUCUAAGCAUUGGACAUGGCAAAGCAAGGCAUUCUUGGGUUUUCAAGUCACUUCUUGCAGAAGCCACAUGUGCGUGCCAUAAGGGUUAAGUCGGUGGAUGUUUAAGAGCUGAGUGUGCCGGUAUCUUGGAUAUAUGAUUAAUUCUUUCAAACUUCUGGCGUGACACUACUUGCGUGCUUCAGAGAUGCACAUACAGCCUGAUUGCUGAUGCUUACCACCUAUCCUUGGAAAAACCUGCUCUUGGAGGGUUGGGGACACAAGAAUCUGACAGUCCCUUGCCUUCGAAGCACUCUUGAGAUGCUCUUGUAUUUUGUGUCGCCCUUUUAAAACUUUCCAAAAUGACAGGCUGAGUUGCAGGCACUGACGGAUUGGCUGUUGACACCAUUUCUAUUUUAUCUUAAGAUCCUGCACAUUUGCAGUAAUUCUGCACUUUUGCAGCCAUUUCUGCCCAAGAGAAAAGGUUUAUUGCAUUGAAUGAGUGGUUGUUUUUAGGAACAGGAUCUUUGUCUAAAAAUUUCAUAAAGGUCGAGCAAGUCUCACUUUUUCACCCAGUGAUUUUAUGUGGUUUCAAAGGUAGAGGAGGAGAAAGUUGUGCUCAGAGAUUUUGAGCCUCUUGGACGUCAACCUGUAAGACUAAGAGUCUUAAGAUAGUUCACAAACCCUGACAUGUGAUAGCUUCUGCAGAUGGGUCAUGGAGAACUGUUGUUAAGAAAUUUUAGAUGUUUCCAACAGAUGUAAGGAUGAAAAUGGUCUCUCUGGUCUUUUCCUUUAUUCCCAAUUUUGAUUAAAGUACACAAGUUGAGUUUUAAAGCCAACACACAAGAUACUGCUCAACAUCUCAAAGGGAGAGAGUUUCCAAGAGAGGCUGAAAAAAAUCAUACCUGGAAGUCGAAGGUACUGGCCAGUAUCCCCCACAAAGCUCCUUGUUCCAUUGUCUCAGCCACACUUGGGUGGACCCAGUUAAGGGAAACCCAAGUGGAAAUGGCCGUGGUUCCGAACAUCCUGCCAGCGGGCAGCCUGCCAGUGCUACUCACUGGGAGGGUCCCUGAGUGUCUAGCAGUGCACACACCACACUUCUCAAACACGGGAAACAAAAGGGCCGGGGCAUGUGUAAUCAUUUGAGAGUGCACGACCUGCACGGAUUGAACUGUCAUCCAGCAGAGCACCCAGGAGUGCUCAGGCACUUCCAAGGGGUUAUUUCAGUUGUGGAGGAAGAUUAAAAAAUAAAUAAGAAACCUGAGCUAUUUUGUAAGAACCUCUCCUGAGUUUGUAAGCCUUAAGUUAAGUGUAAGGAUUUGGUUGACCUUUCCCUUAGUUCAUCAAUCUAGAAAGAACUUAGAUGACCAUUGAACCCUCGAAACUCAGUGAGACUUAACUCUCAGAUAGCCAAUUUAAUUUGAGGUCACAGGGGGCCUGUAGGCACACAUCAGCACUGUUUGAACACUUCUGAAGGUUCACAGCUCCCCCGUGCCCUCUGACAAUGCUAGCUAUGUCUGUUGCCAUUUUAGUAAUAUUGCUCUUAUUUCUUUGAUGAUAGUUGUGUUGGGGACAGAGGAUCUGUUUGGCUUCUCCCCCUUUCUUCCUUUCCUCCUUCCUUGUCUCUUUCUCUUUUUUUUCCUCCAAGAAAAUGACCAGAGAGGUUUCUCCAUCUUAAAUAAUUCUUUAAAUUGGAUGGAUUUGCCCCUCAUUGAGAGCGUGUGUGUGCACGCCUCUGGCCUGUGGCACUUGAUGAGACAAGGCGGCGCUGUAGCUGUCCGCAGGGUAUCCCGGCAGCCUCUUAAAGUUGGAGCAACCACCUGUUUGCAGCCCCCUGGUGCUGGUCAGCCGAGUGCUGGGAUUUCCCCGCUCCUACUGAGCUUUGCUACAUCCCCAUCUCUGUGCUGCUCUUCUGCAGUGAGACCCUUUUUACUUUUUUAGCAGUAAUCCUAAAAAUACCAUCAUCUCUUUACAGCUGUUUCCUUGAUUUAUCCCCUGCUGAAAAUAUAGGUUGUACUGACAAUAUUUUUAAAUGUACUUCGAAUUUUGUGCUUAUUGGAAAUUGAAGUGUUAGUGGCUAUUUUUUUUUUUUCUCCUCCAGACUCUUGUUUUAUACUUAGUCUUGUUUUUACUGGGGUGGGGAUGGGCAAGCACUCAUGCCUAUAUGGGCAGCAUUUUCAACCUUGGCCAAGAUCGCCAGUGGGACCUAUGUAGUCUUUUGCUCCGUCUUACGCGAAGCAGACAUCUUUCUGCUGCUUUUGUAUGUUUGAAUCACGUGUGUGAGUAUGUGAUGCCAUCGCAAGGUUUUGAAGACGUAUUUGGUUUUCAUUGCAUUAAAAAUCUAUCCCUCCCAGCUUUGUUUUCAUGUAAAAAAUAUGCAAGGAGCUUUGUAAAUACAACAGAUUUUAUUUCUCCUUCUUUUAAUGUAAAGCUUUUUGUUGUUUACUUAAAUUAUUACUAUUAUGUCCAGUUCUUCUUGGGGGGAAACGAUCACCUUUCUCAAUGGAAAUGCAAAGCAUCCCACAGUGGGAGCAGCGUCCCUCACCUGGAGCUCGGAAGCAUCUUCUCAGGCCAGAGCAGCAUCCCUGUGCAUCUGUGUUCUCCAGCACAACGUGGUUGGUGGUGCAGACUGCGAGUUGGAUAAUGCCAGUGACUGUCCUGUUUGCUGGGUCAGGUGGGGCUGGGGCAUGGUGUUUGCAAAAGAAAAAAAUUGUGGCUAAUUUCUUAUUUUCUUGCAGUGAGCUUAAUUGUGAAUUCCUCCAGGAGUCCACGAUUUCCUCGUUAGCAGCCCUCUCUCUGUGUGACCCCCAUCCCACACUUGCAACUGGACAGUGGUCUUUGAUGGGGAAACUCCGGUGCCGGAUGCUUUAAUUUAACAGACCCUUCCAGAUGAUUUAGAUUCUCGGUUCUGUGACGACGCACAUGUGAUCUCUUCUGUUCCCCGGGGACUCUACUUCAUUGUUUGCCAACACGGCCCAUUGCUGUUGCCCAAUAAACUUGUGUACUUUC